GAGUAACUGGUGUUGUGAGGUGGAUGUGGCGCUGCGUGCUGCUCUGCGCGUGGCCGUCUAGUUCUGUCUGAGGCGCGUGAAUGCACGAGUACAUAGGCAUUAUCUUCAUUUCCAGUUUCAUCGGCAAUUUACAGAAUGCGGAGGUGAAAACGGCCGCUCUCGCCGAUCGAGGUACAAAUCCUUGACGGUAUACACUUGUAUCACACCAGUUAGUAUAAUAUUUAUUGUCUGGAAGCCGAUCCUGGGAGAGAAUCACGCAUGCAUUCAAACAGAGGAUUAUCGCGGAGGAACUGCCUCGACACCAUGAGCUGCAGUUGGGGGACGGAGCUGUGGGAUCAGUUUGAUAAUCUAGAGAAACACACUCAGUGGGGCAUUGAGUUUUUGGAGCGCUACACCAAGUUUGUGAAGGAACGGUCUGAAAUUGAACUGAGCUAUGCUAAACAGAUCAGGAAUCUGUCCAAAAAGUAUCAGCUCAAGAAGAACUCCAAAGAGGAGGAAGAAUUCAAGUACACCACAAGUAGAGCAUUUCUGAUGACCUUAAAUGAGCUGAACGACUACGCGGGUCAACACGAGGUCAUCGCCGAAAACCUGUCCACUCAGAUAAUUGCAGAGUUGAGCCGCUACACUCAAGAACUGAAGGCUGAGCGAAAAUCGCAUUUCCAUGAUGGCCGCAGAGCGCAACAACACAUUGAGAAUUCCUGGAAGCAGCUGGAAUCGAGUAAGAGAAGAUUUGAGAGAGACUGUAAGGAAGCGGAUCGCGCCCAGCAUUACUUCGACAAGAUGGAUGCAGACAUUAACGUGACUAAAGCAGAUGUGGAAAAGCGGUGUUCUCUCAAGGCGAAACAGCAAGCUCAGAUGAGGCAUCAGGUAGCAGAGGACAGUAAAAACGAGUACCUGACCUACCUGCAGAAGUUCAACAAGGACCAACAUGAGCACUACUACGCGCUUAUACCACAUAUCUUUCAGAGGAUACAGGAGAUGGAGGAGAGGCGGGUGGGCAGGGUGAGGGAGAGCAUGCGGGUGUACACGGAGGUCGAGCGUAAAGUAUUGCCCAUCGUCAGCAAGUGUCUGGACGGCAUGACCAAGGCAGCUGAAUCCAUCGAGCCUAAAAUGGACAGCAAGCAAGUUGUAGAAUCGUAUAAGUCGGGCUUUGAGCCGCCGGGUGAUGUGGAGUUCGAGGACUACAGCGUGUCGAUGAAGAGGGCGGUGUCUGAAUCCAGCUUCCUGAACGCUCGUGGAGAGAGCAGACGCCGGAGCAGGAGCAAACUGUGGCCUUUACUCAAGAGGAAUAAGCUUAUGUCUUUGUUAGCGUCACCCCGCCAGCCCCCUCCCCCUCCCCCCACAUCCCCGUCCCCGGACGGCCUCCCCAACGGCCCCCAGUCCCCGCAGCAGCCCAAGGAGCCCCUCAGUCAGCGCCUCAACGACUUCAUGGGCACCAAACACAAAAUGCACUGCCUGCGGAGCCUGAAACGUGGGCUUUCUCUAAAGCUGGGAACAGGUCAGGAGGACUACAGUCAUCUGCCCCCCGAGCAGAGGAGGAAGAAGCUACAAGCUAAGCUCAAUGACAUCAACAAGGACAUCCAGAAAGAGAUGGAUCAGAGGGACGCCCUGACUAAAAUGAAAGAUGUUUACAUUAAGAAUCCUCACUUGGGGGAUCCAGACAGUAUAGAUCCACGGUUAGAAGAAAUCACACAAAGCUUGGAAAAACUGCAGCUUGAGGCACAGAAAUUUGAGGGCUGGCUGACUGAGGUGGAGAGGAAGCUGCUUGAAAAGGGAUCUGAGUCUCAGAGAAGACAGAGCAGUCAUUUUGACUCGCAGGGCAACACGCCACUUACAAACAACUACGGUCAAAGCCGAGAGAGUCCGGAUGGCAGCUACACGGAAGACCCCAGCACAGAGACCACCAUGCAGUUCAAAUCUCGCAGCACUGAGUUUGAUGAGGAAUUUGACGAGGAGGAGCCUUUACCCACCAUUGGAACAUGCAAAGCACUUUAUCCAUUUGAAGGUCAGAACGAAGGUACCAUAUCCAUGGCCGAGAGUGAGAUGCUGUACGUAAUCGAGGAGGAUAAGGGGGACGGAUGGACCCGUGUCCGCAGAAACGAGGACGAGGAAGGAUACGUGCCCACAUCCUACAUCAAACUCUUUUUGGACACGAAUGCCAAAGGUGCUAUGACAUACAUAUAAUCCCCCGGAACGCACCAUAACUGAAUGCUGUUUAACUGUACAUACAGUAAAACAUCGUGAAAGUGUUCUUAUUGAACAGAGGAGCAGACCGCAGAGCCAUAAGAUUAGUGAAAUUAGGCAAUAAAGACACAGCUGCUGUGUAAUUUUGACAUACCUGAUGGAAAUGGCUGCUUUACCAACAUAUCAUUUUCAUAUUUAGCAUUUAAAGCUAUAACCAAGAUAUGUAGAUACUCAUGUACUUGUUCAUAUUUUUAAUGAUCUCCAAGCAAUCAGAUACUUUAAGUAGGAAUUAAAUUAUUAGAAAAUGUCAAAAGCAAAUUUUCUGAAUCCUUCUGGCAAUAAAGAUAAUUAUUUACUGAUAUUUUUGACCUUCAAACUACAGAAUAAGUAGCAAUCCUGCAUUUUAACUAUGGUCAAACUGUGUUUUUAAUUAGAAUAAUUUUCUAAGACGUCAAAAAUAUCUGCCUUGAGAGAUGGAAUAUAAUAUUUUCUCAGGUGUUUACUUUGGUGUACAUCCUUGUACCUCAAAAAAAUCCGGAAUGUACGGGAUUUUUUUCUUUCUCCAAUGGCAAAUCACAUUCCAUUUAAAAGCAUAUCGCUAAAUGUGAAGAGCUUAAGUAAUUAAUGCAUGCAUCCGUGAGACUUUUGCUAGCUUUGCAUUUACUGCUGUACAAAAAAAAAAAAAAAGAUAUAUACUCAUGGACCCAUAGUUAACGCGAUGCCUUUCGGUGUUGUGAGCGUUGAAGCAAUAAUUGAAAAGAUGCAUGUUAUUCGUACACUGACCAGCAUGGAAAACUUACAGUUAACAUGAAGUUAAAUAGACAUUUUUCCAGAAGGUCAUCGCCGUGUGUGAGGAAAACCGCUCUAUGUGCAUGCUAUAAAACCAGAAAGGCUAUUAAUUGCUGCUUAAUAAAAUGCUUUAAUAAUUAAUUUGUCCAUAGCUUUAUCAGCACCUGUUAAAUAGGCUUGAUAAGUGUCGCAGUUUGUAUGGUUUUAUACUGUUCCUGUCUUUAAUUCACACUUCAUGGUGGGGUUGCACUCUGAAGUCGAGCUUCCGAGGUUUAUUGAAUGUUUUUAACCCAUUGCUGUCUGUGAAUCAACGAUUGUACAGGAGUUCUUGUUCUAACAUGUCUUGUGUGAUUUUGUUUUUUUUUGUUUUGUUUGUUUCUUUUUUUUUUUGCUUUUUGUUUCUGUUCCUUUCUUUGCAGAUCCCUAAAAGUGUUUGGCUGGCACAGGAGUGGCAGGGCAAGCGUCCUUGCGUGAAACGUCCUCCUCUUGUAACUGUAGUCAGAGAGCUGGCAAAUGGGGGACUAACUGAAAGGAUAUUCCAUUUUUAACGCAACCACUUUCACUGAACCCUCUCGUCGGCCAUAAGAACGCAAACUGCUCUUUUUCAUGACUAGCGUGCUGAUUAUUUGCAAAUCUUGCUUCUCGUAUGGACCUAGAGUAUUUAGCCUUGUGCCGUAGCUGCUUGCCAUCAGAGCCGAGCCUUUAGGUUUGUUCGCUGAGGCACAGAGUAAGUGCCGCGUUCAUGUCUUGUUAUUGCCUGGCUUGCUUCAGAGCCAAGAGGAGUUUCUCAUGAAGACAUUAGACUUGAUGAAUAUUUGUCAGUGCAGAAUGUUCAGUUAUGUGAAAACUAUAAAAAUGUGGGGGAUAUAUGGGACUCAUUUUAUACAAUAUAUACUAGCGUUGUUUUUAAAGUUAUUAAUUCAGUGUUUGCAAGGCGGCAGUGUAUUUUAAUCUUUUGCCCAAUUUUCUGAAGUCAAUGGUUAGUUCGUGGAAAUUUAAGAUUACGAUUUUUAUUUUUUUUAAUGGACUGAUGAAUACAGUUUUCUUUCCUAUGAUUAUGUGUCUCCUAUUAAAGUCAGGGAUGGACAUAUUAAAAGGUUUGUCUUUUUGCCCUUAGGUACACUACUUUUCAAAAGUUUGGGGUCAGUAAGAUGGAAUAAAUAAAUAAAAAGAAUACUUUACACAGCGAGCAUUAAAGCAAUGCUUCAAAUUGAUCAAAAAAGGGACAGUAAACACAAAAUUUGGAGUUCAAGAAUCUUGAAAAAAAGUACCAUGGUUUCCAACAUUUAUAAUAAAAAAUGUUUUCUUAAGCAGGAAAUCAGUAUAUUAGGAUGAUUUCUGAAGGAUCAUGAGACACUGAAGACUGGAGGAAUGACAAUUCAGCUUUGCCAUCAAAUUAAUAAAUAACAUUUUAUACAAAUCUACAAAAAAAAUAAAAAUAAUAUUUCACGAUAUUACAGUUUUUUUUUUCAUCAUACUGUGCAGCCUUUUAGAGAGCAUACAAGGCUCUUUUUUUUUUUUUUUACAAUACAAAGCUUACAAACCCCAAACUUAAGAUCUUUAAACUUAUAAUAACAGACAGUCGUUGUAAUAUUUGCAUAGUGAAUUCUUUCCUUUCAAGCUAUAAUUUUGCCUUAACACUUUUGCUGUCUUGCAAGCACUGAUAAUUCCAUCAGGAAAUGCAAAUCUAGCGAUUAUUAUUAAUAUGAUGAUAAUUGCAUAAUCAUCCCCUACAUUUUGUGUGAGGUGCUGUUGUAGAUGAUUAGUUCUCUAUGGCUGGUGAAGCGGUAAGCAUCUUUUCUGGUUCUCUUACUCUUUCCUCCCAGAGAAGAAAGAAGUGUCACCUCACUCACUCAUUCACACUUUCUUCCUGCGAUGUGUGCACAGCUACUCCCUUCUUCCUCUCGCUCUCUUUCUCACCUCCUCUUCUGUUUCUCUCACUCUCGCUGUCUCAAACUCUCGCUUUUCCCCUCGGCGCUCUCAGGCAGAUUUUCUCUUUCUCCUCUGCUUUUUUCUCUUGAGCUGUUUUUCUGUGUCUGCCCUGUUGUGUCAGGCUGGUUUUUCCGGAGUUAGUCAAGUAAAUUAGUAUUUGACAGAUUCAUUUAAACACACAUGGAGUUUUUUUUCCAUACAACCACAGUAAAAUUUCCAGAGCAAACUUCCCAUGUUUUUACAUAGCCUAAUUUGGAUAAGACUGUCUUUGAUUUACAGUAUAUUAUUGUUUCACCUACCGUAUUUUUCGGACAAUAAGUCGCACCUGAGUAAAAGUCGCAUCAGUCCAAAAAUACAUCAUGAUGAGGAAAAAAACAUAUAAGUCGCACUGGACUAUA